AUGGACUACUUGAAGGAACUAGAAGGCAAAAGUGUCCAUGAUUGUUAUCACCAGAUAAAGAUGAAUAAAAUGGCAAGCCCUAUAUUCGUUCCGGGACCAGUUAUAGUGGGAGCUGGUCCCUCAGGACUAGCUGCUGCAGCUUGCCUUAAACAGAAAGGUAUUCCUAGCCUCAUCCUUGAAAGAGAUCAAUGCUUAGCUUCAAUGUGGCAGUUCAGGACCUAUGAUCGCCUUAGACUUCAUCUCCCAAAGCAAUUCUGCCAGCUCCCUCUCAUGCCAUUCCCCAAAACCUUGCCUUCCUAUCCAACCAAACAGCAAUUCUUGGCCUACCUAAAGGCCUAUGCUGAUCAUUUUGAAAUAAAACCUGCCUUCAGCCAGGAAGUGGUCACGGCUGAAUAUGAUCAUGUGUGUAAGCUUUGGAGGGUCAAGACUCAAGGUCGACACAAAAAAGAGGAGACAGUAGAAUAUAUUUGUCAAUGGCUUAUAGUUGCUACUGGAGAGUGUGCUGAGGAAGUAUGGCCUCAAAUUGAAGGGAUGGGGGAAUUUGAAGGGACUAUUGAACACACUAGCUCGUAUAAGAGUGGAAGCAGGUUCUGUGGGAAGAAUGUUUUGGUGGUGGGGUGUGGGAAUUCAGGAAUGGAGGUUUGUUUAGAUCUCUGCAACCAUAAUGCUCAUCCAUCCUUGGUGGUUAGAGACACGGUGCAUAUCUUGCCACAGCAGAUGCUUGGGAAAUCAACUUUUGGUUUAUCCAUGUUCUUGCUCAAGUGGUUCCCCAUGCGUUUUGUGGAUCAAUUUUUGCUUAUAUUGUCACAUCUCAUGCUUGGAGACACAGCUCAAUUUGGACUUCGCCGUCCCAAACUUGGGCCUCUAGAGCUCAAGAACUUGUACGGCAAGACACCAGUUUUGGAUGUUGGGACACUGGCUCAGAUCAAAAAUGGAAAAAUUAAGGUUUGCCGGGGAAUUAAACGACUAGCACGCAAUGCGGUGGAGUUUGUUGAUGGAAAAGUUGAGAACUUUGAUGCCAUCAUUCUAGCAACUGGCUACAAAAGCAAUGUACCCUCUUGGUUAAAGGGAAGUGACAUGUUUAGUGAGAAAGAUGGGUUGCCCAGGAAGCCAUUCCCAAAUGGAUGGAAAGGUGAAAAUGGACUCUAUGCUGUGGGUUUCACAAAACGUGGCUUGCUUGGUGCAUCAAUUGAUGCAAAGAGGAUUGCUGAAGAUAUUGAACAUAGCUGGAAAGCUGAGGCCACGCAUGUAUUGGAGUUCCCUUGUCCACUUGCAUGA